UUGCACGCACACGCAGUCACAGAGACCCAAAUCCCACCACCAGGCACCAUGGCGGCGGUCGCAUCGGCCUCCGCGUCCCCUGUCCCCGCCGCGCUCUCCUCCAACCUCGCCGGCCGCUUUCCUCACUCCUUCCUGCCCUCCCCUAUCCGCGCCCGCCGCCCCGUCGUACUCGGCUCCGGGAGUAGCAGGGGGAGGUUCCGCGCGGAGGCGACGCAGCGGGAGAAGGUGAGGCAGGGGGAGACCGUGGUGGAGGAGUCCUUCCCCGUCAGGGAAGCGGCGGAGGGCCCUCCGGAGGCGGUGGCUCUCACGGACGACGACGACUGGGUCGUCAGGCUCGAGCAGUCCUUCAACAUCUUCCUCACGGAUUUCAUCAUCGCGAUACUUGAUCUUCUGUACCGUGACCGCGACUACGCCAGGUUCUUCGUGCUCGAGACCAUCGCCAGGGUGCCGUAUUUCGCGUUUAUAUCGGUGCUUCACUUGUACGAGACCUUCGGCUGGUCGAGGAAAGCGGAUUAUAUCAAAGUGCACUUUGCUGAAAGCAUGAAUGAGUUCCAUCAUCUCUUGAUCAUGGAAGAAUUGGGUGGCAAUUCUGAAUGGAUUGAUCGCUUUCUUGCGCGGUUUAGUGCCGUUUUUUACUACUUCAUAGCUGUUGGCAUGUACAUGCUGAGCCCAAGAAUGGCAUACCACUUUUCUGAGUGUGUUGAGAGGCAUGCAUACUCAACUUAUGACAAGUUCCUUAAGGUCAAUGGAGAUCAGUUGAUAAAACUACCAGCUCCAGAGGCAGCUAUAAACUAUUACAUGAAUGAGGAUCUUUACCUAUUUGAUGAGUUUCAAACAUCAAGAGCCCCAAGUUCUAGGAGGCCUAAAGUUGAUAACUUGUAUGAUGUAUUCAUCAAUAUACGUGACGAUGAGGCAGAGCAUUGUAAGACGAUGGCGGCCUGUCAAACACCUGGAAGUAUCCGCUCUCCUCAUUCCACGGAGAGCCGCAUAGAAACUGAUCGUGAAGAUUCUGUAAAAAAUUCUCUUGCAAAUGAAGAUUGACCGGUUGUACCUCCGCACUAGAACAUCACACACUUUGUAUAGACAUCAGCCAGACUUCCUACUUGUGAAUCUUUCAUAUUAGAAAUAGGUAAUAACAGUGCAUCACAGAUUUCAAAGCGAGGAAUCUGCACAGUGGGUCAAGCAUUAAUGCAUGCCGUGGACGUUGUAAUCCGAUGCUUUAGUCAAGCUUAUGUGUUCUGUAUUUCACAUUAAUGCAGUCCAUGCUGAUCAA